UUGCACUGCAAAUCUGCAAAUUAAAGUUGUUUAUUUGUUUAUAUUCAUAUUUUGUCGAUUAUUGUCAAUUGUGCGUGUCUGUUCUUGUUUAUGUAAUUGAUUUUGUGUACCCCUAUUGAAGGAAAACGAAGAACAAUGUACAAUAAGAGAAAUGGCAGCUGAACAAAAGGAAAAAGACCCAUGGACAGAUUUAAGCUUUGAUGAUGGCGAUUUACAAAAGUUGCUAGACAAACCUCUGGACUCCAUAGAUAAUUCUCGCUUGCGUGAUGCGGAACAACAUCGGGGCUUCGAUAGUAGUGUUGGAGAUUCAUGGAUCUAUCCCAUUAACCUACCAUGCAGAGCAUACCAAAUGAGCAUAGUACAGGCGGCACUCUACCGCAACACACUGGUGGUAUUACCCACAGGCUUGGGAAAGACCUUUAUAGCUGCGGUGGUUAUGUACAACCUGUAUCGAUGGUAUCCCCGAGGUAAGGUGAUAUUUAUGGCCCCUACCAGACCUUUGGUAAAUCAACAGAUUGAAGCUUGUCAGAAAAUUAUGCCCUUCCCGCGAAAGGAUACCGUGGAAUUGACCGGCAAGUUGCAAAAGGCAAAAAGAGCUGACUUAUGGAAAAGUAAACGGGUAUUCUUUGCCACUCCUCAGGUAGUGCAAUCGGAUAUCAUGGGCAGUUAUGUGGCUGAUAGUGAACAUGAUGGAACAACCUUUGAUGAUUCCUCUAGUGCAAACAAAUUUGAAUUCCCCUUUGAAGACAUCAAACUUAUAGUGAUUGACGAGGCCCAUAAAGCUAAGGGUAAAUACGCCUACACAGAGGUAACUCAGGCCAUAAUGGCAAGAAAUAAAUAUUUUCGUGUAGUGGCACUUUCCGCCACACCCGGUCGUACCAUGGAGGAUGUGGCUGAAGUAUGUCGAAAUUUAUUAAUAUCCCAUAUAGAAGUGCGGUGGGACACUUCUCUAGAUGUUCUGCCCUAUGUUCACAAACGUUCCAUGCAAACAGUGGUGGUUACCCUAGGCGAUCGCAUUAAGGAAAUACGUGAAGAACUUUUGGAAAUUAUCGAUCCCUAUUUGAGACAACUGAUAGAUUUUCAAAUGCUUUCGGGAUCCUUGGCGAACAUAAAUCGAAACUUUCUGGUAUAUGAGCAGAAGCGUUAUCAGGAACGUUGUCUGCACAAUGGCCGCCAUCCUCAACAUUCGGCAAUAAGCAGUAACUUUGCCAUAUGUAUCAGUCUCUAUCACUCGUUGGAGCUGUUGGAACGUCAUGGCCUGCGUGUUUUUCUUAAUAAUUUCGAAGAGGAUGAAGAUGGCAAAGGAAAAUUUGUGCUACAAAUGGAACGUCGUUUGAGAGAUAUGAUUGACCGCCUAAAAGAUGAAGUUGGCCCUAAUCCGUUUAAUGUAUCAGCAGGCCCCAUGACAAAUGGUCAGAUAGCUGAAAUGCCAAAAGAUUUAGAUUUUGGACAUCCGAAAUUUGAAAAGGCACGAGAGUGUUUGCUAAAGCAUUUUAAGGAGAACAAAGAAUCCCGAGCCAUAGUCUUUUGCGAAUACCGAGAAUCGGUAUUGUUGAUUUAUCGCAUGCUACUGCAGCAUGUACCCAUAUUAAGGCCAAGAUGUUUUGUGGGUCAAGGUGGUACUGGCAAUUUAAGGGCCCUAACCCAAAAGCAGCAAAUCCAAAUUAUGAAUGAUUUUCGCUCUGGCAAGAGUAACAUUCUGAUAGCUACCUCUAUAGGCGAAGAAGGCAUCGAUGUGGGUGAAGUUGAUUUGAUUGUGUGUUUCGACAUCAGCACUUCCAACCCCACCAGAUUUGUGCAACGCAUUGGACGUACUGGACGCAAGAAAAAUGGCAAUGUGGUAAUGUUGGUGACCGAGGGCAGAGAACAGCAAAUCCUAAAAGAUGUCCUAAGCAAUAAGGAUCAGACAAAUAAGAAAAUCCUUAGAUCUAGUGUGGUGCAGCAAGCCUUGUAUAAACAUGCACCGCGAUUAGUGCCCACCGAUUUAAAGCCAACAUGUCAGCAGACAUAUAUAACACCCUACGAAGAUGAUGAGGGGGAAGGAGAAGGGAAGCCGAACAAAGUUGCCGUUAGCAAAAAGUCGGGACAAAAGGGUGUCAAAGUCCCUGAGAAGGGAGCACAAGAUUUGCGUAGAUUUUUCAACAAAAAACCUGUGAGAGAAAUGGACGCAGAAGAUUUGGAAUUCUUUGAGCUGGAUGCCAAAAUGACUCAAGCUCGCCCUGGAGUGCAUACACAACAGAAGAUGGAGAAAAGCUUGGGUGGUAUCAAAGACCUUUUCAAAGAUUUGCAAUCUCCAGCGCCCACACAAAAGGCACAGAAAAGACUUAACACCAAACCCAGCACCAGCAAAGAAAUUCCCCAAAUUAUUAUUGGAGAACCCAUAGAUUUGUGUGAUGAAGACUCUUCGGAGCCUAUUGAGGAACCAUCGCCCAGAAAACGUUUAAAAUCAGAGCAAAACAGCCAAAGCUCCAUUAAAUCCUUUUUGAGGGACACCAGUGAUGGCAAGGCCCUUGCUGAUGAUGAAAACACAACCAAAGAUCCAACUGCUUCUCAGGAAUUUUUGAAGAAAUUGACUGAAUUUAUGGAGACAAACUUCACAACUCCUCCUGUGCUGAAACGUGCAAGAAUACAAGAUUUGAACUAUCAUUUGAGGUCUCAAGAAAUGUCCAAUGAUAUGAAACAUUUAUUGCUUACCGGCAAUUUGGAGUUUAUUAAAGAAAAUCUGGAACAAAUGAAAGUCUUGAGUGCUCUACAGGAUUAUGAAAAUGAGAUGGAAGAAGAAAAGUCCAUUAAGGAAAUCCAUCAUAUUAUAGUCACUCUGUUUGGAGGCGUGGAACAACUGGAACAAUAUUUGCAAGAUGUUGAUAUGGAAAAAUUCAAAGAAGAAUCACCAGCCAUAGGCAUUGGCUACUCAGAUGAUGAGGAUUCUGGCGAAGAAGUUUUGUUUCAGCAAAAAUUGGAUAAAAUAUUUGGUGAUCUUGGUCCGGCCUUAAAAAGUGAAGAAACUUUUGAUUGGGUUCAGCAAAAGUACAAAGAAACUGAAAGAUAUAAAGAAUGGGAAAAGGCAAGAGAGGACUCCAUUAUGGGUGUGCAAGAAUCCAUGGUCUAUAAAACAUAUGUGCAAGGAGAAGAUGAUGGGGAGGAAGAAACUCUUAACGAUGAAGUUGAUGAUGUUUCAUUUACAGAAUCCAAAUACUGCAGUCAAUGGUUGGAAUUCAAUAAGCCAGAUAUAGCCUUCAAAUCGACGCCUAUGCAAACUACCACAAAUAAAGUUCUUAAUCUAAGAGGCGAAGGAGGGGUAAGCAAAAAAAUUAGUUUAUUAAACAAACUGGAGGAAGUUAAGGAAGAGGAAACAGUGGAAGAUGAACCUAAAGAACCUUGGAAGGCAAAUAAAGAAACAACUUUGAAUAACUCCAGCUCCAGUAAAUUUUUGGACUCUUUGUUAAUGUGUGAAAAGGAAUUGAACACAUUGUUGCUGGAAAGGCGACAGGAAGAAGGGCAUCACAAAAAUGUGGUGAAUGAAGAUGAUGAUGAUUCUACCUCCAGAGAUACUGAUGUGACCACAGGUUCCUUAGCCAUGCCAGAAACUGAAUAUCCAGAAACCAAAGCUCCAGAAAUAUUGUCUUCAACUUUGAAACCCACCAAUGGCCAUGAUAUAAGCAAUGCUUUGGAAGAUGAUGAAGAGGAUGAAAUGUUUUUAGCUGCCUUGGAAGCUGAAAUGCGUUAUACACAAAGCAAAACGGAGGCAAAUAAGGAGAAAACGCUAAACACCAGCUCUGAUAGGGAUAAGACACCUGAUGAUCUGAUGAAUAUAACCACAAAUGAUGGAGCUGCCUUGAACCUGGAAAAAAACUCAUCCAGCGUAAAACUAACACCGCCUUCCUUAAAUUCCACCCCAGAGUUACUAGAAUUUCAAAUGCCUGCAGAGCAACCCAAAAUAACCUCCAAUCUACCAACACCUCCCGAAAUUUCUAUACAACAUGAAUUGGAUAUUGAUAUGGAUGCCUUCAUGGAACCCUUUCCCGAGGAAGAAGAACUUCUUAAGAAGAACCAACAACCACCACCACCAAAAACACAAACACUGCCUGCUAGAAGAGAGAGCCUUAAGGAGAAUUUAAAUAAAGAGUCUUUGGCUCGCCACUCACCGGAUUUGUUUGCCGAAGAUCAUGCUAAAUCUCCCAACUUAUUGCAAGUCAAAGUUGUGGAGCGUAAACCCAACACUCUAGCCUCUAAACUUUCCUCAAAAUUAAAUGUAAAAAAAUGUCAGUCUUCCUUAAAUCCUUCUACGACAACCGCAAACGUCUUCAAAUCGCCUCCAAAAUCUUUAAGCAGUCUCACAUUGUCUUCUCCCUCAACCCGCCUGCCCAUCGAUAAGCAAAAAAAUGAAAAGUCACCCAGUCUCUUUGAUAUGUAUUUGAAAAAUGCCAAGGGUAGAGUUAAAUUACCCAGUGCCUUGAGAAAUACCUCCUCAUGCUUGGGUAUAUCGUCCAUGAGUGAUCAAACAGCUGGUACCAACAACAAUUCACCCGCCCUGCCUGCCACACAGAAUGAAAGCCUCAUUGUGCUGAGGAAAUCUAAAAAUCCUCCCAAACGCAAGAUAUUCGAUAGUGAUUCCGGCAGUGAAGAUAGCCAAAAUGAUGUAACAAUAAUUGAUGCAGGAAAAGCCAAUGGAAAUGAAGAUAAUAGUGAUAGUGAUUUUGAAAAUGAAGUUGCUGCCACUCAAGGGACUGAACGAAGUAGUAUACACCAUCGAAGAAAACGAAGACGUUUUAACUCCUUCAUCGAUCAAGAAGCAGCUGUAAGCGGUUCCGAAAACAGUGAAGAUGAAGCUGAACAUUCAGUGGGUUGUUAUUUGCUCGAUUCGGUGGUGGUGCAAAGCGAUGAAGAUGAUACGGAUCAGGCAUCCACGUCACACAUGCAGGCCAUGUAUUUGCAAUCACUAAAAAGUCCCCAGAAUAGAAGAGGGGCUUUUAAAAUUCCUGCUCCUCGCGUUUUUAAUGAUCAUUCUCACAUCUAUUCGCAAGCAGUGCUGCCCGAGGAGAUAUGUUCACAAUAUGUUCCCGAUUCAUUUGUGGUCGAUGAGGAUGAUAGCUUCAUCACUAAUAAUCCUAAUGUCACUGAAGUCUCCAUGUGUCCUUUGGAGAGAGCCGAAAAGAUUUUAAAAGAUCGUAGAAGAGCUAAGAAAAAAGCCAAAUUGGCAACAGGCCAAACUAAUGCCAAAGGACCCAAGCAGAAAAAAAGAAAGGUCCAUAUGAUCGAUGAUAGCUCGGAAGAUGAUGAUGAUGAUGACAUUGAAUUUGUUUAAGUCCUUAGUAUUAUUGCCUUAAAAACAAAAAGACUGUUUUGCCAUAUUGUACUCAGUGUAAAGAUAAGCGUUUUGUUCUCUUUUAGUUACAGAUCUGCAAUUGUUACUUACCUCGCAUUACUUUUAGAAACUGUACUUUUUUUAAUGUCCAUAAAACCUACUUUUUAAUUGUGUUGCGGUCUGUGUUAGAGAAAUUGUA